CUGAUAUGGUCGAUACAGCUCUCGGCCUUCAACAAGAUGACCCUUUCCGUCAUCGCCGAAGAAACUGGCCUGGUCCCUGCUGGUAUGCAGCCCUACGGCCCUGACGACUUCAGCGCGCCGCCAACCGACUUUGGACACGUCAUCGCGCCUCGCGUUGAGGCUACCCACAACUUCAAGAACGCUCCGGCGCUUGACAUCUUGUUCGUGCCCGGUGGCCUCGGUGUCGUGACGUUAGAGCAGACGAACAACACUAGCGUGGAAGACUUCGUCAAGUUGCGAUAUGCGUCCCUCGAGUACCUGGUCGGCGUGAGCUUCGGCGGUGCGACUCUGGCGCGCUCUGGUAUUCUGGACGGCAAGCGAGCGACGACGAACAAGUCUGGGUGGAUUUGGAUAACGGAGCGCGGUCCGAACGUUACGUGGGUGCCGCAGGCACGCUGGGUCGAGGAUGGCAACAUCUGGACCACGUCAGGAACGGCGUCUGGUCUCGAUGCUACAUAUGCCCUAUUUAGCAGACUCUACGGCGCGCAGCCGCUGAAUUACAUGCUGAAUGUGAUUGAGUAUGCUCCGCAUAUAGAUCCUAGUUGGGACCCGUAUGCGACGGCUUUCAACGUGUCCAAAUCGAAUAACUCGACAUGGCAGAGUUGCGUCAACCCUGUACCGAUGCCUGUGCGAUAA